AGAAAAUAUUACGAGUUUUGACAGAAAGUACUAUCAGGUAUUUUCACAGUGAUAAGGGUAGAUUUUACUCUCAAUAUUUUGGCAGAUUUACCAAAAUAUUUCGCAACUUUACACCAGUAUCCAUUUACAAUUAUUUCCAGUUUCUAGAAUAAUUGAUAUUUCAUAAUGAAGUGGUAUAACGGAGGAAUUGCUGAAGCGAUAACAUCGUCGAAAACAAAGGGGGCAAUAUUUGUAGUGUAUAUCGAGGGGAAUGAUGAAAAGUCUCAAAAAAUUACUCAGAUAAUUAAUGAUGUAAAUGUAUCAGCAAAGUUGAGCAGUGAUAACUUUGUGGCAAUUAAAUUAGAAGCAAACUCUGUGGCACACCAGCAGUUUAGUGAAAUAUAUAAACAAGCUUCUGUGCCUGCAAUUUAUUUAAUAGGAAAAGAUGGGAUUCCUCUGGAAAUAAUAACUGAAGCGGCCAGUGCUGAAGAAAUUUCUAAUCACCUGGAUUCAAUUUUAGAGGGAAGCACAAUUGCUGGGUCCUCAUCAAAAACUUUGAUUGAUAGGGAGCAAAAAGAAAAGCCAGUAAGUGUUUGUGAAAAUAAAGUUUGCACCAUAAAGCAAAAUUCUGUCACUGGUAGUUCAGUUUCUCCAGAAGCUGGUGAUGUGAUAAGCAAAGAAGAGAAAAUUGAAAGAGCUAAAAAGUUGUUGGAGCAGAAGAGACAGGAGAAACAAAAGCAGGAAAAGGAGAAUGAAAAGUUGAAAGAGUUGGAGCGUCGUAAAGUUGGGCAAGAAGCACAAAAAUUUAAGAUGCGGCGGGAGGAUCAAGAGCUGAAACAACUGAUGGAAGAAAGAGAAAAGGAUAGGAAGUUAGAGAAAGAAGCACGGGAAAGAGUUUUGGCUCAAAUUGCCCAAGAUAAAGCUGAGAGAGCUGCCAGAUUUUCUCCAGCAGCUUCAUCAACACCAAAAACUGAUGAAUUAGCGCGGCCCACUCCGGGAACUUCUAGAAGUCAUCAAGAAUCCAAUGCCGCGCGCUUGUUAUUUAAACUUCCAGAUGGAUCAAUAAAAACUCAAGAGUUUUCAAGUUUUGAUAAGUUGCAAUCAGUAGUAAACUUCAUUAAGGCAAAUUUGAAUUUGCCUUUUACCAAUUUUACUCUUUCAACUACUUUUCCAAGGAGGCAGUUUUCUGCAAAUGAUUAUGCUGAAACAUUAUUGGAUCUUCAACUUACGCCAAAUGCAGUUAUUUUAAUUUUGCCAGUGAAUAGUGGCGGCACUGUAUCAACAAGUUCAGCUUCAGGAAGCGUUUCUGGCUUCAUUUGGAGCUUGUUUGUUCCAUUAUUCCAGUUGUUUAAUAUUCUUAAGGCAUUUAUUUCUGGCGGGAACUCCAAUCAUGAUGGCAAUGGUGGUGCAUCAAGUAGUAGAAUUGCCAGCAAAAGAUCAUCAAAUUGUGUAGUGCAUGUGAGGAGCAAGUAUGACUUAGAUAACAGACUGAAAUCUGCAGGCAGCAAAUUAGUUGUGAUAGACUUUUUUGCAACAUGGUGUGGCCCUUGUCAGAUGAUUGCGCCAGAAUUAGAAAGAAUGGCUUAUGAGUUUCCAAAUGUUGUAUUUCUGAAAGUGGAUGUUGGCGAAAAUAGCGCUAUUGCAAGAGAAUACAGCGUCUCCGCCAUGCCUACAUUUGUCUUUGUUAAGAAUCGAAGGGAGGUUGCAAAAUUCAGCGGAGCUGAUUCUUACCAACUCAAAUCUACUAUUCAGCGCUAUAGAUAAAAUUAAAAUUAGUGCAAGUAUUCAAACUUAAUUCACAUUCAUACGUAUUAUAUUCUUUAGUUUAGUAUAUUUGUGAAUAAUACUAAUAAAUAAUUUAAAGACAUAUUGCUAUAUGACUGUGGUAUU